AUGACGACCCCCCCCAGCUCAUUCCAGCAGGAGCCCCUGAACCCCCCCAGCUCAUUCCAGCAGGAGCCCCUGACCCCCCCCAGACCCCCCCACUCCUCCCUGAAGCCCAACCAGGUGGGUCAAGUGGUUCUGUAUGGUGUACCCAUCGUCUCCUUGGUGAUCGACCAUCAGGAGCGGCUGUGUCUGGCCCAGAUCUCCAACACUUUGCUGAAGAACUACAGCUAUAACGAGAUCCACAACCGCCGCGUGGCGCUGGGUAUCACCUGUGUUCAGUGCACCCCGGUCCAGCUGGAGAUCCUGAGGCGAGCUGGCGCCAUGCCCAUCUCCUCCCGCCGCUGUGGCAUGAUCACCAAGCGAGAGGCGGAGCGGCUGUGUAAGUCCUUCCUGGGGGAGAACAACCCCCCCAAACUGCCUGACAACUUCGCCUUUGAUGUGUCACACGAGUGUGCCUGGGGUAGUCGUGGUAACUUCAUCCCAGCGCGCUACAACAGCAGCAGAGCCAAGUGCAUCAAGUGUUCCUACUGCAGCAUGUACUUCUCUCCAAACAAGUUCAUCUUCCACUCUCACCGUACUCCUGAAGCCAAGUACAUCCAGCCGGACGCUGCUAACUUCAACUCCUGGAGACGCCACCUGAAGCUGUCAGAUAAAGCCCCUCCUGAUGACCUGGCGUUUGCCUGGGAGGAUGUGAAGGCCAUGUUUAAUGGUGGCAGCAGAAAGCGGUGUCUACCCUCAUCUCACUGCUCCGCCAUGGGGCCGGGGAAGGUUGUGAACUCUGGUCUGCCCCACAUGAUGACCCCUGACCUGGUCCAGAAGAGGAGCCGCUUCGAGGAGGAGGAGGACCUGGAUGGAAGCAGCCUGUCUCCCCGUAAGAACACUCGCAGCUACCCGGUGAUCCCUGUGCCCAGUAAAGGGUUUGGCAUGCUGCAGAAGUUCCCCCCUACCUCCCUGUUCCCCAACCCUUACUCCUUCCCAGCCUUCAGCCUCUGUCAUCAGAAGAAAGAUGACAGUGAGGUGGCUGGAGGACAGAAGAACACUGGUCUAUCAGGUCUGCUGUGGCCCGGUCGUAAAGACACCUUCUAUCCUCCAUUCUGCAUGUUCUGGCCCCCUAGGACUGCUGGGGGCCUCCCAGUGCCCACCUACCUGCAGCCACAGCGCUCCGUCAACACUCUGUCCUCAUUGGCCGAGAGCUCCUCCCUCAGGCAGGCCUUCCUCGACCUAUCAGAGCCCCCACACCCAGGGGCGGGGCCAGGCAUGGGAGCCACAGCCAGGUCAGGUCUGUUUGACCUUGACUCCUCCACCCUGACCUCUGACUUGCACCCUGUGACCUCAGAGGGCUGGCUGAAGGUGUUGGACACCCCGUCUCUCCAGGCUAGGAAAGCCUACUACCACUCAGCCUUCCGACCCGUCGUCAAAGAUGCAGAAAGCAUCGCCAAGCUCCAUGGCAACCUGGAUGAGUUUGGGUCAGAGCUCCACCUGUCCCCCGGGACCAGCUGCAGCUACGCCUCUGAGAGCGGAGGAGAGGGGGAGGAAGAGCGAGAAGAGAGUGAGGAGGAAGGAGAGGUGGAUGUAGAGACCAAGCAGGAUGAGGAAGAGGAACAUUUCAAAAGACCAACCCCACCACAGGCACACAGCGGCCUGCACCUCCGAGGGCAAAGUGAAGGAUCAGGACUAUGGGAGAGAAGAGAGAAAGAGGCUGUCAACUUCCCCUGCAGUCCUGCAGAUCACAGCCAGGACCAGAGCAGUACAAGCCUGCCUGCCUCUCAUCCUGCUCCCCCUGCCAGCCUCACACUCUCUCUCCCCAGCCCCACACACACCCCGCUGCAACUGGAGGACCAGUCCUACAAACAUGUCAAAACUAAUAAAAGCAGAGACCAUGGACUGCCUGUUUAUGCAACCAAAGAAAACUCCAAAACAGCUGAUGAAAACAAAGAACCUAGCAACUUCUUUGUAUCAGAGACUAAAUCAUCUGACCCUGAGUACUGGAGAGAGAUGGCAGGGGAUCAAACUCAAGAUGGAAGUUCCCCUGUUCCACUAAAGGAGGAUGUUGAGAACAUGGAGAAAGAGGAACUCCAGAAGGUUCUAUUGGAACAGAUCGAUCUACGAAGACGACUAGAACAGGAGUUCCACGCUCUGAAGGGAAACUCCCCCUUCCCUGUGUUCCGUCUACCUCUCAGUCUCUAA